GGCUGCCGCUGCUGCAGGGAGGGCGCCCCGCCGCGCCGCGCCUUCAUGCCUCCAGCCCGGCGCCGCAGCCGGCUGCCCUGAGCCGCCCCCAGCCAUGGGCGAUGGCUGGCUCGCCCCGGGCUGCAGCCCCCCCAACCGAUCCAGCUCCCCGCCUCCCGUGCCCCCCAGCGGCGCCGCCACCCUGCCCUACCCGCCGGGCGGCCGGCCGCUGCCCCUGGAGCUGCCCUCCCAGCAGUGGGCGGUGGGCUUGCUGAUGGGCCUGAUGGUGCUGCUGAUCGUGGUGGGCAACGCGCUGGUGAUCGCGGCCAUCGGGCGCACGCAGCGGCUGCAGACCCUCACCAACCUCUUCAUCACCUCGCUGGCCUGCGCCGACCUGGUGAUGGGCUCGCUGGUGGUGCCCUUCGGGGCCACCCUGGUGGUGCGGGGCCGCUGGCUCUGGGGCUCCUUCCUGUGCGAGUGCUGGACCUCGCUGGACGUGCUGUGCGUGACGGCCAGCAUCGAGACCCUGUGCGUCAUUGCCAUCGACCGCUACCUGGCCAUCACCUCGCCUUUCCGCUACCAGAGCCUCAUGACCAAGGGCCGGGCCAAGGGCAUCGUCUGCACCGUCUGGGCCAUCUCUGCCCUGGUCUCCUUCCUGCCCAUCAUGAUGCAUUGGUGGCGGGAUGGAGAUCCCCAGGCUCUGGAUUGCUACCAGAACCCCGACUGCUGCGACUUCGUCACCAACAGGGCCUAUGCCAUCGCCUCCUCCAUUAUCUCCUUCUACAUCCCCCUGCUCAUCAUGAUCUUCGUGUAUAUCAGAGUCUACCGGGAGGCCAAGAAGCAGAUGAGGAAGAUAGACAGGUGCGAGGGCAGGUUUUACUGCAGCCACCCCCAGUCUUCUGCCCCAGCCCAAUCCCACCAUCAGCCCAUCCUGGGCAAUGGCAGAACCAGCAGGAGAAGGACCUCCAGGAUCCUGGCCUUGAAGGAGCAAAAAGCCCUCAAGACCUUGGGCAUCAUCAUGGGUGUCUUCACUCUCUGCUGGCUCCCCUUCUUCCUGGUCAACGUGGUCAAGGUCUUCAACAGGGACCUGGUGCCAGACCAGCUCUUCGUCUUCUUCAACUGGCUGGGCUACGCCAACUCGGCUUUCAACCCCAUCAUCUAUUGCCGCAGCCCCGACUUCCGCAAGGCCUUCAAGAGGCUGCUCUGCUGCCCCAGGAAAGCUGACAGGAGGCUGCACGCCAGUGCUGGGGAGCUCUCCCGGUACCCAGGGAGCUUCAUCAAUACUUUGGGCAGCCCUGAGCGCAGCCUAGGAGGGACAUGGUCUGAUUGCAAUGGGGGCACACAGGGAGGCAGUGACUCCAGCCUGGAAGAGAGGAAUAGCAAAAUUUCCUAUUCGGAAUCUAAGGUAUAAGGAUAGGGGGUGUUUUGGGUUUUGGGGGCAGAGGAGUGUGUGCACUGGACACUGAGCAUAAAGAAAGACAGGAAGGGAAAUGAACAGGAACGAAAAGGGGGAAAAAACUCCCACCAGGAGUCGAGUUAAUAAACACCAGACCAAACUGAUCUCUCGCUGUGGAGAGAAUCUGUGUUUACUUAAAAUUAAAAGCAGGUGAACUUGUAUGCAGGAUACCUCAUCUGAAGCUAAAGCAAACGGGAGGCCAUUGACCACUGACCAAAGGAAAUUUAACCAACUGUCUCAAACCUAUUCGGAUUAUUAUUAUCUUUCUGUGGGGAGUUCGAUGUUGGCGGUUAGGGAAAAGGAAAUAAGAAAAUAGGUUAAGUUUUUCGGAGAGCUACAGUUGCAGAGGGGCCUGAUCCUGAAACAUUGAAGUAUUGGGAUUUUGCCGUUGCCGUCGGUGUAGGGAGGGUCAAGAUGUUAUUAACCUUGCUUCAAAGUUUAGGACUGUCAGCUAUCCCUGUCCUUACUUCUGGGAGCUGCAGCAGUAGCCCCACACAGAGGAAAAGAUCCUGAUUUUAAUAAGUGCUGACUGCCGAAAAAUCUCAUUGAGGUCCGUGGGCACUGCAGGUGUUCAGCAUUUUUGCAAAUCAGGCUAAAAGUCACUUUUGAAAGUGUAUUUGUGUUCUGGUGAGUUUUAUUUUAAGCUCUUGGUAGCUGGGCUCCCCUGUUGUCUAAAGUAGACAAAAAUGAAAAAUAAAUAACGUUGAACAUUGAUAUACUUUUAUUUUGAACAAACCUCGUCUGCUUUUUUCUUCAGCACCAGCAAACUGGUGACUUUUUGUGCUUAUCUUCCCUUGCCAGACAAUACCAAUCAGGCUGAGAAACUUCUACCUCAAACUGUGCAUAUUGUACAGGGGAAAUAAAAAAGACAUGUUUAUAUUAAACAGCUUAUUUAUGUAUCACUAUUAGUAUUUUCUAAAAAAAACCCACCCCAGUCAUUGAGCCUUCUGCAGUUUGUUCAUUGUAAUUACAGAUGAACAGUAAAAAUGAAUUCCUUGUAUCAAAAAAAUUACUGCACAUUUUUUUAAAUGGCAGCAUAGCCAUUUUUUGCACAGUGUCAAGAAUUGUAAAGUGAAUUGAAGAUGUUACUUGCACAAAAAGUCGAAUUACAAAUAAAACGGGGGUUAAAUAACAUCAAACCCCAGAUCUAUUUCUGUUCUUGUCUGCUAUGUUACAAUUUUACUGAGAGUUACUUUUUUAAUAUUAUUUUAUCAAGGUACUGUAAAUGUAUCAAUAUUAUAAAUUAAAGUAUCUUAAGGGUCUUUUUAUUUUUUAUGUCCAAGUGCCCACAGGAAUCUGCUGUUAUUUUAACACUUGUGUGUCAUUUCCAUUUUCCUCGUGUGUGUGUGUGUGUGUUUUAUAACGUAUUUAUACUCUGGUGCAGUUUACUACUGUGUAAGUAAUCGGUCAAUGUGCAAUAAAUGUCAUUGCAUCACAAGCAAGUUAUGUUCAGUGUUUCUCUAUAGGUUCAGAAACAAUACCCAGCUAGAGUGAAAGAACAGAGUUUGUUUUGCUUGGAAAUAUUGAUCAGGUUAAUAAUACAGUCCUGUCUAAUGGAUUUUCCUGACACAAUAUUGUAAAAAAAAACAACCUUCCUAGACCAAAUAAAGUUGUGUUCCCGUUACAGUGAGAGCUGCCUACGUCCCUUAAACUAAUAGCCAAAACAUCAGUGU